AUUGUUCAAUAAUUACAAACUUUUGGAACAAUCAUCUUAGGCUUAGCUAGCUGUCUCAGAUUCCAAUACCCUCAUCAAUUUUGGGUUUAAUCUCUCUGCAGAUUCCCCUCUUGUUCAUUCAUUCACUAAAAAAACUUGGAUACAUUAUUGAUUGUUAAUACAGAUUGGACAUAGGACCCAUUCUCAUAACUCACUGAUUGACCAAUCAUGUCUUUCAUCCCUUUUCUUUUAAGAUCAUAUAAAAUUUCAUUUUUCUUCCAUCUUCCACCUUUGUUCCCAAGAGCCAAAAAAUGAUACACAACUGAUCAAAGGGAACAAAACUUGAAAUCUGAAAAGGAAAAAGAAGCCCAAAAAAAGGAAGAAGAAAGAGAAAAUGUUAACAAAGCUUACCAUUCUUUUCUACUGUUACAUUGGGUUCACUCUUGUUUUUGUUGAGGGAGCUCCAAAUGUUGAGGUUUCAUCCUUACUGUCAAUAAAAUCCAACCUCACUGAUCCACUGGAUGGCCUUAAAGAUUGGAAAUUGCCAAGUGAUGAGGCGAAAGGCGGUUCAGUUCACUGUAACUGGGCCGGUGUUUCCUGCAACUCUGAUGGUUUUGUUGAAAGGCUUGAUAUUUCUAACAUGAAUUUGAGUGGUCAAGUAUCAGAGCAGAUUGAAGGGUUAAAGAGUCUUGCUUUCCUCAAUAUCAGCUGCAAUGAGUUCUCAUCUGCAUUGCCUGCUUCAUUAGGCCGCCUCGCCUCGUUGAAGAUCAUUGAUGUCAGUCAGAACAAUUUCGUUGGCAAAUUUCCUGUUGGGCUUGGAAGUGCUCCAGAAUUGAAGGUCAUCAAUGCAUCAAGCAACAAUUUUGAGGGUUUGCUUCCAGAGGAUCUUUCCAAUGCAACUUUAUUGGAGAUCAUGGAUUUUAGGGGGAGCUUCUUUGAAGGUUCAAUUCCAGCUUCUUUUAAGAAUUUGCAGAAGUUGAAGUUUCUUGGCCUUUCAGGUAAUAAUCUGACAGGAAAGAUUCCUCCGGAGCUUGGCCAGUUAUCCUCUCUGGAGACAAUCAUCAUUGGAUACAAUCAGUUUGAAGGUUCCAUUCCUGCAGAAUUUGGGAAUCUGAGUAGCCUUCAGUACUUGGAUUUGGCGGUUGGCACUUUGAGUGGUCAGAUACCUGCUGAACUUGGCAAGUUGAAGAAUCUGACUACAGUUUACCUGUAUCAGAACAACUUUUCAGGAAGUAUACCUCCUGAAAUCGGAAACUUGUCGUCUCUCGUGUAUUUGGAUCUCUCUUUCAAUGAAAUUUCAGGGGAGAUUCCGAAAGAAAUAGCAGAGUUGAAUAAUUUGCAGCUGCUGAAUCUCAUGUGCAACCAGCUCACUGGAACUGUUCCUGAAAAGAUUGGAGACUUAACAAAACUUGAGGUACUUGCAUUGUGGAAGAACUCAUUGACAGGUAAAUUGCCGGCGAAUCUGGGAAAGAAUUCUCCUUUGCAGUGGUUGGAUGUCUCAUCAAACUCAUUAUCAGGAGAGAUUCCUCCAGGCCUGUGUGACUUUGGUAACCUUAUGAAACUCAUUCUCUUCAACAAUUCUUUCUCUGGUUCUAUUCCAAUUGGCCUUUCAAAUUGUUCUUCCUUAUUUCGAGUUAGAAUCCAGAACAAUCAUUUAUCUGGACCAAUUCCCCUCGGGUUUGGAAAUCUUCCAAUCCUCCAAAGGCUAGAAGUAGCUAAUAAUAAUCUCACUGGUAAAAUCCCUGAAGAUUUUACUUUAUCUACUUCCCUUUCCUUCAUUGAUGUCUCCUUUAACCGCCUUGAGUCAUCUCUUCCUUCAAGCAUUCUAUCCAUCCCUCACCUUCAAGCUUUCAUGGCUUCCAAUAAUAACCUGGGAGGCAGCAUCCCAGAUCAAUUCCAGGAUUGCCCAUCUCUAUCUGUGCUUGAUCUUUCGGGCAACCAUUUCUCAGGUAAAAUUCCACAAAGCAUUGCUUCUUGUCAAAAGCUAGUUAAUUUGAAUCUUCGAAAUAACUGGCUGGCUGGAGAAAUACCUAGUCCAAUCGCAUCAAUGCCAACUCUAUCCAUCCUUGAUUUAUCAAACAACUCUCUUGUUGGAAAGAUACCGCCAAGUUUUGGAAGCUCACCAGCCCUUGAAAUGCUUAACUUGUCCUACAACAGGCUUGAGGGUCCUGUUCCAUACCAUGGUAUAUUAGCCACCAUAAAUCCAAGUGACCUCACUGGCAAUGCUGGUCUUUGUGGUGGUGUCCUUCCCCCUUGUUCUCACUCCAUUAGAAGUGUUGCGCGGCAGAAAGUUCACAUUCAUCAUGUCGUUAUAGGAUUUGUGGUUGGAAUCUCUGUCCUGUUAGCCAUUGUACUUAUUGUACUGGUGGGAAGACGGAUACAUAACCGGUGGUAUAUCUACAGAAGUUUCUUCAGAGAUAUGUUCAAGAGAGAAAACACAGAAUGGCCCUGGAGGCUUGUUGCAUUCCAGAGGCUACAUUUCACAAGCGAUGACAUAGUGGCUAGCUUAAAAGAGUCCAAUGUCAUUGGAGUUGGUGGGACAGGAAUCGUGUACAAGGCAGAAACUCAAAGGCCUCACAGUGUUGUAGCUGUCAAGAAACUAUGGAGAUCAGAGGCAGAUGUGGAAGCUGGAGAUGAUCUCUUUGUAGAAGUGAAUCUUUUAGGGAAACUAAGACACAGGAACAUUGUAAGAUUAUUGGGUUAUGUACACAAUGCCAAUGACGUUAUGAUGCUUUACGAAUACAUGCCAAAUGGAAGUCUCGGCGCAGCUCUCCAUGGCAAACAGACAGGGAAAAUGCUGGUUGAUUGGGUCUCAAGGUACAACAUUGCUCUUGGAGUUGCUCAUGGAUUAGCCUACCUUCACCACGAUUGUCAUCCGCCUGUGAUCCACCGCGAUGUCAAGUCUAACAACAUUCUGCUGGAUUCAGAUUUUGAGGCAAGGAUAGCUGAUUUUGGAUUGGCAAGGACAAUGCUUCACAAUAAUGAAACAGUUUCAAUGGUGGCUGGAUCAUAUGGAUACAUUGCUCCUGAAUAUGGAUACACAUUAAAAGUUGAUGAGAAGAGUGACAUAUACAGUUAUGGAGUUGUGCUUCUGGAGCUUCUAACAGGGAAAUUGCCAUUGGAUUCAUCCUUUGGUGAAUCUGUCGACAUCGUCGAAUGGGUUCGACAAAAGGUCAACAACAAAGCCUCAGAAUCAGUUUUAGAUCCUGAAGUGACAGGACAAUGUAAAUAUGUACAAGAAGAGAUGCUUCUGGUGCUGAAAAUUGCACUUCUUUGCACUGCAAAGCUUCCAAAGGAGAGGCCUUCCAUGAGGGACAUUAUAACAAUGCUUGGAGAGGCAAAGCCAAGAAGAAAAAGCAUUUCCCAGAAUUGGGGAGGCAAAGGCAACAAAGACAAGUUAAUAUUUGCACAUUCUCCAGUUGUAGGCUUAUUAUGAAACUACUAAUCAAGUGUACCAGAGUACCUUUUUUUUUUUUGUUCACUAUUUUGUUAGGUUUUUUUUUGGGUCUUUUACUUCACCCGCUUAUGUCCUAAAGUGUAAAGUUCUCUCUGCAUAUUUUAAGUUUUAACCUCAAUCUAAAUUCAUUAUAGGACACAUUACAGAUCAU